GCUGCUCACUAUGGAGCCAAAAGACAGGCCGAUGCCUCGAUGUAGUCUGGGGUCCGGCUCUGGUCUACCGUACAGCUCUUUCGUGAACAGCCUUUCAUCGCGGUCACUAACGGAAGAGGAAAAGGAGAAACCGGCCAUAUCACCAAGACGCUCCUACGUAGCUCUGGCCGUGCUUUGCUACAUCAACCUGCUCAACUACACAGAACGGUACACAAUAGCAGGUGUCCUUCCCGAAAUUCAGGAAUUCUUUGACAUAAGUGACAGUACCGCUGCACUUAUACAAACAGUUUUCAUCAGCAGCUUCCUGCUUUUGGCCCCUCUCUUUGGAUACCUGGGGGACCGCUACAACCGUAAAUACAUCAUGAUUGGUGGUUUGAGUGUGUGGCUUGUGACUGCAGCCGCCAGCUCUUUGGUCACAGAGUCGUACUUCUGGCUUCUGAUGCUGCUGCGAGCCAUGGUCGGGAUAGGAGAGGCCAGCUACUCCACCAUUGCUCCCACCAUCAUUGGUGACCUCUUUGUUGGGACUCGACGGAGCACCAUGAUCUGUCUCUUCUACAUCUGUAUCCCUGUAGGAAGUGGUCUUGGAUACAUAACAGGGGCAGGGGUUGCUCAUCUAACAGGAGACUGGCGCUGGGCUCUCAGGAUCACUCCCAUCUUGGGUGUAGUGGGACUUGUCCUGCUGGUCUUCUUAUGCCCUAACCCAACAAGAGGUGCUGCAGAAACCCACGGAGCGGGAGUUACAGGGAAGAGCUCUUACCUGGAGGACGUCAAGUAUCUUCUGAAAAAUAAAAGUUUUGUGUGGUCAUCGUUGGGAGUGACUGCUACGGCCUUCCUCGCUGGAGCCCUAGCUUUCUGGGCGCCUACUUUUCUGUCCAGAGCUCAGGUCAGUCAAGGACUUCAACUGCCAUGCAUCAAAGAGCCCUGCAACCCCACAGACAGUUACAUCUUUGGUGCUGUGACGGUGGUGGCGGGCAUUCUGGGAGCGGCUCUAGGCAGUGGUUUAUCUAGAUGGUUUGGGAAAAGGUUCCCAAUUGCGGACCCACUCAUCUGCGCAAUAGGCCUGCUGGGAUCGGCUCCCUGCCUCUUUGCCACCAUCUUUGCCGCAUCAACAAGCAUUCCCGCAACUUAUGUAUUCAUUUUCCUUACUGAAAUAUGUAUAUCACUGAACUGGGCUGUCAUGGCUGACAUACUGCUGUCUGUUGUCAUACCAACCAGAAGGUCCACAGCCGAGGCUCUCCAGAUUUCUGUCCUUCAUCUCCUGGGGGAUGCUGGGAGUCCUUACUUUGUAGGAUUGAUCUCUGAUGCUAUACGCAAAUCUAAACCUGCGACUGUGGAUUGGAGCUUCCGUAGUCUGCAGUACAGCCUCCUGCUCUGCCCAGUUGUUGGGAUCCUGGGCGGACUGUUUUUCUUCGUGAAUUCAAUCUACAUUAACGAAGACAGGAAGGCAGUUUUAAAAUUAGUUGAAGGAGCUCCCCAACCACAGCAGGAUGUUAAUUCUGAGCCCCCAAUAGAACUGAGCAACGAGGACAAAAGCAACCAUAUAAAUAAUGCAUCUGUAAAUAUCGUAAGCUAAGUUAAAAACUACUUAUGACAACAGUAUGUUGAAGUUGACUUGAAUGGAUCCCUUUUUUAUCACUAUACAACCACACACUGAUGACAGAAAGCAAAGACUUGAUGAUGGUAAGACCAUCAUAUCCCUUUAAAAAAGACGGCUUCAAUUGUAUAUUUUACUGGUAUUAUUUUACUCAAGUCGAGGUUUUUUGCUAAAUUAUCAAUUCAGGGACCCUGUGCUGCUUUCUUCUUAGUUUAAAAAGUACAUGCUUAUGAUUUCUUAAUGGAAAUGUUGUGUUUUAAUACAUUUUUAAGUUAUGUUAUUGUUAUUGUGCAGAACUCUCGCCUGUUCUCAUUUCUAUACGUCGAUAUGUCUAUCUGUACGUUCCUCCUUUCAUCCCUCUCUGGCUAAUGUUAUUUCAAUCAGGGAGAGACCAGUUGGAUGAAGAAAGGAUAAUGUUUAUUGUUCAUAGAUGAUAUGAAAUGAUGAAGUCUGAGAGUCUUUGGCGCUUGGACUCUGUGGGAAGAUUUGGAAUUGGAAUUGAGGGCCGACUGCCCCGAUCAUCAAUUCAAUUCAAUUCAGUUUAUUUGUAUAGCCCAUUUUCACAAAUUACAAAUUUGUCUCGGAGUGCUUUACAAUCUGUACACAUAGACAUCCCUGUCCCAAAACCUCACAUGAGAUCAGGAAAAACUCCCAAAUAACCCUUCAUGGGGAAAAAAGGGAAGAAACCUUCAGGAGAGCAACAGAGGAGGAUCCCUCUCCAGGAUGGACAGGUGCAAUAGAUGUAAUGUGUACAGAAGGACAGAUUUAGAGUUAAAAUACAUUCAAUGAAUAUGACAGUGUAUGAAUAGUUCGUAGUAGGCAUAUUCCACGAUGGAGACGUCCACGAUCCAUCAGGCAGAUGGAGGUAGAGAGGAGGAGUGGGCGGAGUCUCAACAGUGGGCGGAGUGCCCCGAUCAUCAACAAGAUAGAUCCCCCCCCGCCCCCCCCCCCCAAAACUACUUUCACUCACACUGACAGGCUACCACAGACUUUUUUUUUAUGCCAAUGAGCUGUCAUCUUUUCCCAUACAUUCUAAAAUAUAAAGUUGAGGACACUUUUAUUUAAGUUGCAGUAGCCUAUGUAGUAUUUUAGUGGAUUGAAACCUCAUUGCUAGAUGUUGCCAAAUCCUCCACACUGAAACUUCCUUAAGUGCCAACCGUGUAGCAGAGAUACGGUGGUCGGCCCUUUAAACUUUUUCCAUGUACAGCCCCAAGACACCUGUUUUGCUGACACCAGCAUUUUAAGACGGCUGUGAUCAGCUGUGUCCAACUACUUGUUUUUAUCUUCUUAAUUAUUAAUCUGCAUUUUUUGCUGACAACCAUGUUCAGUUUGGCCAGAUUGAGCUCCAGCUCAGACGAGUCCGCCAUGCCUCGGCAGAAUAAGAUGAAUGUAUCCAUGCGUCCAUGUUGAGGAUCAUCAGAUGAACCUCUCCAUCUCUGAAUGUCCCAGUCAGCAUGCAGCUGCUGCCUCCUAAUGAGAACCAGAGGGGCCCUCAGGCUGGACCACAAUACAUGCACAUGAUGGAGUUAAAGAUGGAGGGCUUUAUUUUCUAUUUGCUGAAUUUACUGUAACAGUUGCUGGAAAUCCAUCUCAUAAUACUACUUUCACUUUUUAUUUUUAUUUUUAGAGAUGACUUAAAACUCUAUGUUCAUCAUGUGCAGUAAGAUAAUGUAUUUGUGUUUCUAUUUAGUAAUAAAUAAAUGGAGUAUU